CUCAGACUGCUGCAGGAGUUCAGACCAGAACCUCGGCACUGCUGACCACACUGCACUGACUCUGUGUGUGUGUGUGAGUGGGUGAGUGUGUGUGUGUGUGUGUGAGCAGGUUCCUCGUUCAACCUCGACCCCUCGGACUUUUCUUCACUCCAGAUCAUCCUGGGAGCUGAAAAUUCAUCCAUUCAUCACGUCCAGGUUCGGAGGAGCUCUCGAACGACCCCAGCUCAUGGCGGUGAUGAUGGUGACCCUGUGGUGGGUGCUGGUCCUGGGCGGAUGCUUGGCGGUGACGGUGCGAGCCGAGUGCACCAGAGAGUGCGCGUUCUGUCUGUAUGGACUAGCGGGACAGCAAGCGGAGAGCAGCACCAGGCUCUGCACACUGGAGUGUGGAAGCGACGUGAACCUGAGGGAUCUGGAGCUCUGCAAAAACGCUCUGUCAUCCGAAGACAACCUGGUCGCCGUCGGUAAUCCGGAAGCAGAACCUGUGAAUCCUGAGCAUCUCCUCGCUAAAAAAUACGGCGGCUUUAUGAAGCGCUAUGGCGGGUUCAUGAUGAAAAAGUCUUCAGACGACCUGGAAGAUGCAAGCAAGUAUGACGCCUACUCCAAGAACAAGGAGGCUGACGGAGAGCUGGAGAAGCUGGACAUCCUAAAGGAGAUCCUAAUGGUGGACGCAGGCCCCAGCGAGGUGGGUAGAGAACUCCAGAAGCGGUAUGGCGGAUUCAUGCCAAGAGUGGGCAGGCCGCAGUGGGUCGAGGGACCUAAAUCCUACGGCCUACACAAACGCUGGAGGGAGGGAACGGAGAGUGUGCUGCCCCAAACGCAAAAGAGAUACGGCGGCUUCAUGGAUUAGAACUGGACGCUCAUCCUCGUGAAACGAUCCCGACUGUGUGCGCAUCUUGUGACCUUCUUGAUUUAUUUGUUGUAAAUGAAUAAAUACGUGCUGUUGCUU